CUCUGUACGGACCACGUCUCCCUUACCCGGGGACGUGACAUGGGGAGACAUGGGGAGAAAGAAGCCUUGGUAAGGUGGGGGGCACCAAGGAAACCCAUUGACCAUUCGGACUAUUGCCUUACAGUCGUCCGUGUUCGUAGAUUGGCAGAAUUGUGACUAUGGUGCUGAGGAGGAAGGCAUCGACAGACGAGCCAAGCCAGUGUUGAGCAGCAGAUGCCCUACACGUCAUGAAUAGGUGUGCAUGGAAUUCUGCGUACUGCGGCCUCCCCGUGCAUGGCAGCAUCCAGAUGCCCAAGGAAAUUAGGCCAAAUUGGCUCCAGCUCUCGAGUGUGCAGCACUGCAGACGGCCAACGGACCGGACGGAGGACAAGGACGGCGUAGGAUGCUCGGUUCAGUAAGGGCUGUAUCCGUAUGGCCGGCCCCUAGCCAAGGCAAGCAAGGCCAUGUUAUUGUU